AUGUUUACCGGCAUCGUCGAAGAGAUAGGCACCGUCACGGAGCUCAACCCGUCCGACGCCACGGGCGGCACCUCGCUCACCAUCACCCUCCCGCCCACCUCGACCCUCCUCUCGGACUGCCACCUCGGCGACUCCAUCGCCAUCAACGGCGUGUGCCUCACCGUCACCACCUUCACCGCUCAACCGCCCUCCUUCACGGUCGGCAUCGCCCCCGAGACCCUACGCCUCACCAACCUCGGCUCUCUCACCCCCUCCUCCCGCGUCAACCUCGAGCGCGCGGUGCGCGCCGACACGCGCAUGGGCGGGCACUUUGUGCAGGGCCACGUGGACUGCACGGCGACGCUGGUGGGGCGGGUCCCCGACGGCAACGCGGUGACGCUGCGGCUGGCGCCGGCGCGGCGGGAGGCGCUGCGGUACGUGGUGCACAAGGGCUUUGUGGCGGUGGACGGGGCGAGUCUGACGGUGACGCGGGUGGAUGAUGAGGAGGGCUGGUGGGAGGUUAUGCUGAUUGCGUAUACCCAGGAGCGGGUGGUGACGGCGGCGAAGGAGGUGGGGGAGACGGUCAAUUUGGAGGUGGAUAUGACGGCGAAGUAUGUGGAGAAGAGUUUGAAGGGGUAUUUGGAGGGGUUGGGGGAGGGGAGUGGGGGGUUGUUGAAGAAGGUUUUGGAAGGGGCGGCGGCUGGGAAGGGGGCCGCUGCUUAG